AUGGUUGAAUGCAUUGACGAAUACUUGGGAUCAGAGUACACAUGCCAAUUUGAUUUCAUGUUAGACUCAAUGCAAGCCGAAUUAAUGCACCCUAAUGAGCGUAAGCUUUCAUUUGUUGACUUACUGAGUCACUCCUACGCCCAUCAUGUUGAUGUAAUUCCUAUUCAGAUCAUGCCCAGCAUAGAAUCUAUGCCUGAGCACUUUGACGAGUCCACUCUUACACAAUCCUUCACCCAAGACGAUUGCGACGUAAAGCUGAACCCCUUGAUCUUAAACUUAAAGUCAAUUAAGAUCAUAGAAAAGCUCUCUGUAGGCCCGUUAAGUGAACCAUUUUUACCUCCUUAAUGCUUCACUGCUUGCUUGUCAGUCUGUAAUGGCUUACCACUCCCUUGCUCCUCACAGAAGAGAUCUUUCACUCACUGUUCGUGAGUUAGAGGUGCUGGACUACAAUGGUGUUUGACUUCUAGAAAAUUCGAAAAAGAAUUUUCUGGUCACCUGCCGGACAAGAUGGAAACUCGAAGCACAUGGCAUGGCACUUGAUAUCGAGAUGGGAAACUUCCCAAUCGACUAGGAGAAUCUCACUGGUGUUGUUGCUGAAACCUCUCUUCUACCUUGAUCACUAUCUCCCCACGAGGCAGAACCUUGACCUUGAUGUGAGCAUACUGUCAGCAUCACAAUAUUCCACUUCAUCAAACCAAGUAAAGCCUAACCGAUACACAUUACUGAACGAAUUUUACCUUCUAUAAGAUCCCUGAGCCGCCCAACUACAGGUAUUAAGAGGGCAAGCUGGCUCAUCACACCAUUUUUAAUGUAUAACCCUGAUCUACGAGGUCUACGAGACUCAGAUACAAAAGCAAAAGAAAAAAAAGCCCGUUGCCUCAAAAGACACAAUAGUUGUCAUUCACAAACCUGUAGAACUGACGCCAGACCAUAUCAUAGGCACUAUUACUUUAGAAGAGCGACGGAAAAAGAUCAAAAAGUACCUGGAAAAGAGGCAGAGGAGGACGUGGAACAAAAAGAUCUCCUAUGACUGCCGAAAACGAGUGGCGGAUGGGAGGUUAAGGAUCAAAGGGAGGUUCGUUACGAAAGAGCAAGCAAUCGCUAUUCUUGGGAUUGAUCACCCAGCUGUACAAAAUUUGUUGGCAAUGGAAAGGGAAAGCCAAAAUAAUUAG